AUGCAAAAAAAUACAGGAAAUCUCCAAGAAUCUGAUACAGGACCAGAAAAUCCGUUUCCUAUUUAUUUAAACAAAAGAGUGAUUAAAGGUUAUGGUAGAGGAACAAAAGAACUACAGAUUCCAACAGGUAUAAUACAAAGAAAUAUAAAUAAUAAAAUUAAAACAAUUGGAGCAAAUAUUUCAGAAGAAAAUAUUCCAGAACUUUUUUCAUGUAUAGAAUCGGGUAUUUAUUAUGGCUGGGGCCGAGUGGCCAUAGAAGACGAAGAAGAUAAUAAUGUAUAUGCAAUGGUGAUGAGUAUAGGGUGGAACCCGUAUUAUAAUAAUACAACAAGAUCUGUGGAAGUACAUUUUAUUCACAAAUUUAAAAACAAUUUUUAUGGUGAAGAAAUACGACUAAUUAUAAUGGGUUUUAUCAGACCAGAACGUAAUUAUAUAUCUAAGGGUAUUAUUGUUUUUAAAUAUUAUAUAUUUUCUAAAAAACAAGAACUAUUAAUAGAAGAUAUUCAAAACGAUAUUAAAAUAGCACAAGGAUAUUUAGAACGAGAAACAUAUUCAAUAUAUAAAGAAGACGAAUUUUUGAAAAAAUAA